AUGUGUGUUUGUGCCGAUCCUUCUGAGGCCUCACGCAGUGGCUUUACGGAUCGACCUGACCGUGCACCCGGUUCGCAAACGCCCAAGGGUCUCGCUCCUGCGCUGAAGCACGAACCUGAGGCUGCGCCUAUGCCGCAUUUCCCCAGCCCCGUUGCUUUUGACACCUGUGGCUGUCCUCGCCUAAAGAUUGCUAUUUGCUUUUUCGCGUUGUGCGCUUCCGUUCAGCGGCAGCGCAUGCUCAACGGACGCAAGACGGAGAACCUAGCCAUUCUCAUUGCUUCUCAACGGUCACGGUGUAACUUGAGGGGAGGCUAA